CUCUCUCUCUCUCUCUCUCUCUCUCUCUCUCCACCAUGGCACAACCUUCUGUCUCUCCCACCCCCAUUCUCAAAGACGAGCUGGACAUAGUGAUACCCACGAUCCGGAACCUUGACUUCCUGGAGAUGUGGAGGCCUUUCUUUCAACAAUACCAUCUGAUCAUUGUUCAAGACGGUGACCCAACAAAGGUCAUCAAGGUACCCGAAGGAUACGAUUAUGAGCUCUACAAUCGCAAUGACAUCAACAAAAUUCUGGGUCCCAAAGCCUCCUGCAUAUCCUUCAAGGACUCCGCUUGCCGUUGCUUCGGCUACAUGGUCUCCAAAAAGAAGUACAUCUUCACAAUUGAUGAUGAUUGCUUUGUUGCGAAAGAUCCGUCUGGCAAAGAUAUUAAUGCACUUGAGCAACACAUAAAGAACCUGCUGACCCCAUCCACUCCAUUUUUCUACAAUACCCUGUAUGAUCCAUACCGAGAAGGUGCAGAUUUUGUUCGUGGCUAUCCAUUUAGCCUCCGUGAGGGUGUUCCUACUGCAGUUUCCCAUGGCCUCUGGCUUAACAUCCCAGAUUAUGAUGCCCCAACCCAGCUUGUCAAGCCUCUUGAGAGAAACGCUAGGUAUGUUGAUGCAGUUCUGACCAUACCAAAAGGAACCCUCUUCCCCAUGUGUGGUAUGAACCUGGCAUUCAACCGUGAAUUGAUCGGCCCUGCAAUGUACUUUGGACUCAUGGGUGAUGGCCAGCCUAUUGGACGCUACGAUGACAUGUGGGCUGGUUGGUGCACAAAGGUGAUAUGUGACCACUUGGGAUUGGGAGUGAAGACGGGUCUGCCCUACAUCUGGCACAGCAAAGCGAGUAACCCCUUUGUGAACCUCAAGAAGGAAUACAAAGGUAUCUAUUGGCAAGAAGAGCUGAUCCCAUUUUUCCAAGCUGCUACACUUUCAAAGGAGUGCACCACUGUUCAGAAAUGCUACAUUGAACUCUCCAAGCAAGUCAAGGCAAAGCUUGGUAAGGUCGAUGAGUACUUCAUUAAGCUGGCAGAUGCGAUGGUCACAUGGAUCGAAGCAUGGGAUGAGCUCAAUCCAUCUGGAGACUCCGCUGAACUACUACCUAAUGGCUCCAAAAAAUAGAAAUUUCAAUCGAUAGUUGUUAUCAUUCAGUUUUGGUAGAUCUAGGCGCGUACCAUGAUCACCAUUCUUGUCCAAGUUUUUUUGGCUUUUAGAAGCUUGGGAUAUUUAUUUUGCAGUCUGGAGGUUAUAUAGCUCCUUUACAUCUUUUAUGAGUUUUGAACAAUAACAUAUUUCGCAUUCUAUUGAAUUACAGUGAGCAAUAUUUAUUGAUAUUGGGUGUUUGGAAGAUCUGUUGAAAAGUUUUGUUGGCAAGUUAGUG